AUGUGCUUUGAAUAUAUUUUGUACGGAUUUAGUUUUAUAUAUAUUUUUUCUUAUCGGACUUUAGCUUGCGGUUAUUUCCCACAACUCACACCGGAGUCAUCGUUGAUCAUCGAUGGCGUCCUCAACGAAAUACCAAAUUGCGAGUAUUCAUUUGAAAAAAACGAAGCGAACGGUUUUCUCGCUCCCGUAAAAUAUCAUCCGACGGUUUUGUUACAAAAAUACACAAUGAUGGACACGCCGUUCAAUUCGGCUUGUCUCAAAUGCGGAAUUUGUUUGACCGUGUCUGAAAAACUCGAAAACAUAUUAAAUUUUGCACUUAAAUCCUCCAUUUCGCUCCACGAUUUCGACGAUUAUUUAUCGUCGCAAUUAUUGAGACCGAUUUGCGAUUUCGGUUUCAAAAGUUACGAGUUAAAAGAAUGGCAAGGAUUGAGAUUGAUUUCUCAUUAUGGUUUUUUAGACAAAGUUCCCAAUCACCUCGAUGGUAAAUGGUGGGAAGUGUUGAAAAAUUCCUGUCAUUUUUAUUUGACACACUACGGCGAGGGAAAUCUAAUCAAAUCUUGGCUCAUGGAAUCACAAAACGUAACGUCCAUUUUAUGCAGAAACGAUGGAUUAUUUCGUGAUUGUUUUAAUAUAAAUCAAGGAUUGUUAACGAUAAAAAUCCCGAAAAAAUUCCUUUUCCCUACGAAUUACGUACAAAUCCCGUAUCCCUGCGCUUAG